AUGGCCGGCGGCGAUCGAGUUGUUGAGACGACGACGACGUUCAACGAUCGGGGAAAGGCUCUGAUUCCAUCAGAGUGGCGAAACGGUGAUUGGAUCGACGAUAUGCUGAGUUCAGAUCGAGUGAUGAGUUAUCUCGUUAAGGAUUCCGGCUUGAUGAAUGUGGAAUGUAGUGAUAGCAAAUCCAUCGAACAAUCUUAUUGUGCCAGCAAAUCAAUGCAAGGUCACAGUUCUGUUAUAGAUCCGCUGCAAUCAGGUUUGUGUAGGUUUCAGAGUGUACUGUUUGUGAGAGAAGAAUCAAUCUAG